AUGAGCGUGCGCGAGAGGAUGGGCGUGCGCGAGAGGGUGGGCAUGCGCGAGAGGAUGGACAUGCGCGAGAGGACGGGCGUGCGAGAGAGCCUCAGUGCAGAGCACAGCGAGGGUAACACGGACCUGGGGCAGGCGGGCCCCGGCAGGGUCAGUACAGCCGGCCACGAGCCUGCAGACGAAGCCGACCGCCCCGACGCCCCCACCGCCGGCGUAGAAGAUCAUGAUGGGCGCGUCAAUAGCACUGGCAAAAUCGGAUGGGUAGGGCGUCGAACGAGCGAGCCGGGGCGUGAUGGAGAAGGUGGCGAGCGGCGCGAAGGACCACGUUCCGACGAGCAAGGAGUGGCUCUCCUCGUCCUAGCCGUGCUUCCCAUCCCCAAGGAACUGGCAGAGAUGCUCCCCAUGCGCACCACUGGUUCGACGGAUGAGACCUUGAAGCGCAUCGGGAAGGCCAUCUCCACCUACCCUGAAGGAUUCAAGCCUCACCGCAACCUCGCGCGUAUCCUGAACACCCGACGGAAGACCGUGGAGGAGGGCAGAACGUCGACUAGGCAACCACUGAGGCACUUGCCUUCGGCGCUCUCGCCCUCGAGAAGGUCCACGUACCGCCACACCGUCAUUCACGACCAGGACAACGAGCAGCAGUACGUCCCCCUGAACGCGCUGGGCUCUGGCAAGGCACGCUUUGUCGUCUGCACCUCGUCGCUCUCUGAGUUCGGCAUCGGCACGCUCGGUUUCGAGACGGGCUACUUGCUCGUCUCGCCCGACGCGCUGACCAUCUGGGACGCGCAGUUCGGCGAUCGCGAACAACGCGCAGUGCAUCAUCGACCAAUUCAUCGCGUCCGGCGAGUGCAAGUGGUUGCAGUGUGCCGGCGUCGUCAUGAGCUUGUGCACGGCUUCGACGAUCAGGGUCCAGGACGCGCCAGCAGUCAGUUAGAGUGA